AUGGCUAGCUACAUACCUCCAACAUCCUACUCACUUCCACCGUCCACGGCUUAUGUAUCAUCAAUAGUCAUUCCACCUGUUCGGCCCGCAUCUUUGGACCCCAGAUCAAGUGAAAGUUCAUGUCCAAAUGCAGGAUCAAGAGCUUUCAGCUACACUGAUCAGGUAACGGAUAUCGAGGAAGACUCCCGAGCCAAGUCUGUAAAGUCUUGCAAUGUUACAUUCGGGAAAGAAAUUGCUAAAGGGGGGGACUCAACUACCGAACCCCGGCGAAGUUGUAAUCAAAGCGCUGGAAGAAAAAUUAUGAAAAGUUCCAGUUACCGUAUAGAAACUGAAUAUCUCAAAAGCCCCGCGAUGCAUGCCUCUUUCGGGUUUGAUAACGCCAAUUGUGUCAAAAUCAAACAUCUUCCUGAAAGAAUCAAGGACGGAAUUCGAACACUUCUAGAAAAGGGCUGGGAAUAUGGUAUUCGAAGAGAAGGUCCAUGUUCUAAAACCGAUGAGUGUUAUUACUUUAAACUCAAGAAGAGACCAUUUGGUAGCGGAAAUACAUAUGUGGUAACUCGAAUGACACGCAACAUGAUUGCAUAUCUGGCCUCCGAGGGUUGGAAAGUACAACCUGUCCCAUCACUUUUAGAUCCAUACGACACUUUGAAUUUUCGAAAGUGUGCAAAGCCCCUCCCAAAAUGUUACUGGCUUGCUCUGGCAUACGGGCAUGCUGGGAAGUGGUGUCUGAAAGAUCAGCUAAGCAUUCUGGGUGGAGCAGACGAACUCAUUGACACCAUCCGCCUUACCUUGCAAGAAAUGAAUCUGAUAUCCAAGCUCAAGAAGGAGCAUACUGAUUCUGCAAGAAGUUGGCACCAGUUCUGCAUCAAGGGCUCCUUUCUCCGUUCUGGAGGCCUUGAAAAGAAAAAGACCAUGAUGCUCAGGAUUAUGGAGAGGCUUGAGGAACGUGGUUGGGUCUUAUAUGUCGGCUGGCAUCGAAUCUAUCAUGAACAGACAGACUACGAACAGAAAAUUGGGACUUGGUUAUGUGUGAAGAGUCGUGAAUGGACGCCUACUAAUCCAGUGAAAAUUCGCUGGGAGAGUGAUUUGAAUUGA